UUUCCUCUGCCAAACUUUGGUUGUGUCGACUUUCUGUUUUGCGCUGUGACUGCAGAGAUUUGAUGGUCUCAGCUAUGUGAGUUGGUGCAGACACAACCUCGCCCUGCACCACCACUGGGUCUUCUAAUCUUCCUCAUCAUCUUCAAAACAGGAAACAGUUCAUGUUGUUGUUUCGCCGUCCUUUUCCAGGGAGAAAGAUGUCCGUUGGCUUCUCCGGGCCAGAGCCAGUUUAGGAAGAUCUCCAGGAAAACGCCAACGCUUUUUGUCGUGCUCGGGUUGUCAUUCGGAGGCAACUGUCAUCACCGGGCACCAUUUGUUUACCCGCAGUGCUGUAUGGCUGUGAAUCGGGGCAGUGGGCUGUUUCCGUGGAGUUAAAGGCGAUGCGUGUUGUGCCAGGCCAAGGCGAGGACGGACUGGAGAUGCCAUCUGGCUAGCAGCGCUAACGGUGUCUGGACCACGGCUAGGUCGCAACACGCACAAUAUUUAGCACAUUAGUCGGCAACAAGUGACUGUGUUUUUUUUUAUUUUUAAGACACUUAUUUGUCUGAAUUCAGUCAGACAGUUGGUGUUAACUAAGAAAUAUGCCGACAUAGCCAUUACUUUGUUCGCUAACCGAUUAAACGCAACUGACGACGUCGAGCUAGUGCUAGUCGGCUUCAACAUCAUAACAACUAAAGACACAUGCACAGCGUAAUUCACGGACACAAACACUGCAGGGUUAAAUGUCUAGCACUAAUACACUAAUGUUAAACUGACUACAAGUGAAGUAUUGCACAGCCUAGCAGGUGUAUGGCAUUGGACACACGUCAUGUUUACUUAAAGGGGAGAUAACUGCACAGACUUUUGAGCAUCUCAACUGAUUUGGUUGUUUGGCACCUGCUAACCGUGUACAUCACAACAAGGGGAAGACAGCAGCUCUAUCAGUUCACCAUGGAGGGAAAUGUGCAACAACAGAAAACCACUCCUUUAGCUCGGGAACUAACAAGGACAUUUAACAGCUACAACAAACACACCAUACAGCUGAAGAAGAACCUGAAGGAGACCAAUGCCUUCUUCCGGGAAAUCAGGCAAAAUUACAGCAAUGCUUGUGCAUCGACCAUGAGCUCGGAAUCAGCUUCUUUUGAGGCAGGCCAGCUCAGCUGCAUCUCUUUCCCCAGCCAUGAGGAAGAGUUCCUGCGCAACACUGUGGGCGCCGCCCCGUACAUCCUGGUACUGGGCCAGGACUGUGCCGCCCGCUACCAGCUGCUCAACUGCCUCCUGGGGGAGAGGCUGCUGCCCCUGGGCCCUGAGGCCGGACAGGCUUGUGAAGGAGUCCAGGGCACGGUCUGCAAGAGGCGGAAGCUUUGUUUCACCCACGGGAGACAGACCCGGCUCAGCCUCGCGCUGCCCGGCCAGUACGAGCUUGUUCACCAGCUGGCAGCUAACUGUGGCCGCUGGGAUACCGUGCCCCGGGAAGACCUGGAGAUCCAUGAGGAAUGUGAGGACCCGGCCCACAGGCUGGCAGAGCUGGAGAUCACCCUGCAUCACCCACUGCUACAGGAAGCAAAGGUCAUGGUGGUGCCUUGCCCGAGUGUCCAGCCUAUAGAAGAGGUGCUGGAAGACUUCACCCGGGGAGUGGUCCCCAUCAUACUUUAUGCCAUCAACCAGGACUCUCUAAGCACAGAGCAGGUGGCAGAGCUCUGGAAGGUCAAAGAGUUGCUCUCCUACCCCAUUUGUUUUAUCCGUAUCCCUGACAUUAUCCCAGCAGCCUCCCCAGAGCCCGGCCGCCGUGGGGAGAAAGAGAAAGAGAAGGAGAGGGAGAAGAGCGCCCUCCAUAAGCAGCUGCUCUCCCUCGGCCUCCUCUGUGGCCCGACGGCAAACUGCCCCUGUGGGGCCCCUACACAGACACCCGCCCCUGGUGCCAAGCCCCAGAGCGUACUGGGUGAGGCUUUCGAAAGGCUGCAUCGGUUACUGGUGCCUUUUGCUCGCCUGGUGCUUCAGAACCAGCAGGUGGAGGCUGCCAACCUGCUUAAUGGGGUCCACUGUCGCUGUCUAGAUCUUUUCAUCAACCAGGCCUUUGACAUGCAGAGGGACCUGCAGAUUACACCCCGCAGGCUGGAGUACACCCGUGAGAAAGAGGGUGAACUUUUCACCUCCCUUAUGGCCAUCGCUAACCGUAAACAAGAAGAGAUGAAGGAGAUGAUUGUGGAAACGCUGGGCAGCAUGAAAGAGCAGCUGCUGGAGGACGCUGCCAACCUGGAGUUUACAGACAUCAUUGUAACAACCAAUGGAGAGCCCUUUACGUCAAAGGAGAUCAAAUCUUGCAUCCACCAGAUCCAGGAGCUGAUAGUGGUUCGCUUGAAUCAGGCCGUGGCCAAUAAGCUGAUCAGCUCUGUGGACUAUCUGAGGGAGAGCUUCGUAGGAACUCUGGAGCGAUGUCUCAACAGUCUGGAGAAGUCACACAUGGACACUUCUGUCCACAAUAUCACUUCCAAUCACCUCAAGCAGUUAUUGAAUGCUGCCUAUCAUGUGGAGAUCACCUUCACUUCAGGAUCCUCUGUCACCAGACUCUUCUGGGAUCAAAUCAAACAGAUAAUCCACAGGAUAACGUUUGUGAACCCACCGGCCAUCACUCCAGAGUGGAAGCGUAAAGUGGCCCAGGACGCCAUAGAAAGUCUCAGUGCUGCCAAAUUGGCCAAAAGCAUCUGCUCCCAGUUCAGAACGCGCCUCAACAGCUCCCAUGAAGCCUUCGCAGCAUCAUUGCGCCAGACGCUGCCAGAAAUUAAAAAGAAAAAUGACCUGCGCAAAGGUUAG